AAAUACAAUACACACAAUAAAACGCGCUGAGUGCGCUGCUUCACUAAAUGCAGCCGACGUCAGCGUUGACGUCGCUGUCGUCACAGUCGUCGCGAAUUAUGGACCUAACCAAACAGCAACAACAACAACAACAAAAGCAGCACUUGAUACAAAAAUAAACAAACAAAAUCAAUCAAUUAAUCAAUCUGUGAAACACGCCCCAGGCGUACGUUUACGUUAACGUCUACGCCCACACUCCCCGGCCACGCCCACGCUCAGAACGCCCACACGCACUUCAAACUGCAAGCAAAAGAAGAAGAAUAACAAGACGAACAAUAAGAAGAAGAAGAAGAAUGUUUCAGUCAAUUGCACUAGUUCUACUCCUAGCUGUGGCCCAGUCACCGAAGGAUGCGAAUGCGGACACAGAUGCAGCAGCAGCAGCAUCAUCAGCCGCAACAACGCUAUUCGGCAGCAAGCAACUAACCAGAUGCCGCCAAAGCUGCUAUCAGCAGUUUGCGAAGGAUUGGCAUUAUUGCACGGAUUUCGUUGAUUGCAGAAAUUGCUGGCAAAACUGCCAAAGGCAAUUGGCGCCCUUUGAGCUGCGCGUUCAUCAUGCCCAGCGACAGGGCGCUUUGGUCCUCACCGACAUCGGCUGGGACGAGCUGAUUGCGAACGCAUCUCGUCAAUGCCUGAUCACUUGGGAGGUGUCCGGCGGUGGGCUGAUGGGCAAUCUGCUGACAGACACCGCACGAGCCGAGCUAUCACUCUGGCCGGAUACGGUUUAUAACAUACAGGUCACCUGCAAGCACAAGCUAACGGGCCAGAUGCGACGCUCAUUGAAGCUCAAUGUGGACACACAUCAGCUGUUGUCCGAUGCAGCAAGCAGUCUGCUGCCCCUAUCCGUAUCUCUAUCAGUUGCAGCGACGAAAGUUGCAACAACAGUUGCAGCAACAGCAACAGCAACAACAACAACGGCAGCAACAACAACAUUGCAACGUGCCAGACCCACGGACCGAGUGUACAUCAUCAGUGCACUGCCCACGGCCAGUCAGCUGAGUGGCGUUGUCUAUCCGGCAUUUGGUGCGUUGGCCUUCUUCCUGGCACUGUUGGUCAUGUUCCUGUUGAUGCGUCCGCAACGCAAGCGGCCAACUGAUGGCGAUGCGGACACUGAUUCUCUGCUAAGCGGACGUCGCUCCCGUCUUUCCAUAGAUAAUUCCACGCUCCAUGUAUAGGCGCUCGGCCCAGAAGAAGGAGGAACGAGGAAAGAGGACAGCAAAGUGAACUAAAUGAGAGAACUUGUAGUCGUAUAUGUCUGACUAUGUGAUAUUCUGCACCCAAAUUGUACAUAACAUACAUACAUAUACACACACACACACACACACACACAAACACACACAUAUACAUCUACAACAACUACAUGAUAUGCUUCUCCAUAUUAUACAUAUGGCGUAACAUAUGUAUUUAUCAAAGGCAAAUAUCUCACAUCAAGUCAAAAAAUAACAACAAAACAAAGCAAAGCAAAAGAUGAAAAAAAAGUUCGCUCAAAAAGUAUCGUUUAAGUUUUACCUUUUUAGUAUUUAGACCAAACAACAACA